CUGCACUGCGCACGGGCACGCGACUUCGCAUCAUCAUACAGCGGGGCAUAUGCGCGCAUUCACCCAGUGACGUCACACCUCAACCCCUACAAAAUCUCGAUCCAGGACGCACAGCAUUUCCCCAAAUCCCAUCAACAAAUCCUCACUUAACAUACUCACUGUUCACCUCCAAUCAUACACAGCCUCCGAACCUUUAUCUCCAAUCCACAAUCAUCAUGUCUCAAUCCAACGUUGGCAACAGCCAGAUCUACGAGGCCGGCGACCAGAAAAACUACAAAGACUCCGAGAUCAAGGACGCGAAGAAAGAAGAGCGGUUCCAUGAGGGCAAGGAGCACAGCCACAAGGCGCUAGACUCCAAGGAUGAGCGCAGCAUUGCGAACAAGCUUGCGCGCGAAAGCAAGCGUGAGAGCGAGGCUGACGAGAAAACGGAGGAACAAAAGAUGAUUGAGAAGGAUCCUACGCUGUUGGCGAAGAGCCAUGGCAAUGAGCCGUCCAAGGGCGCGAAGAUCGAUAAGCAGAUCCAGGAUGAAGAGGAAGAGGAAUUGAGGAGGAAGGGCAAGGCCUGAGUGGUCUGAGCUGGGAACGGCGACAUGCAAUGCGUGAGCACACGGUUUAUAGAUUCGCUGAACAAAAGUAAUUGAAGACCAGC